AGCGCUUAAAGGCUCCGUGCAUAAACUUCUCCGUUUGCUUGACUAGACUCAACGACUCCCUUCCUUACGGUCAUCGAACACCUGCAAAGGUGUAAGACACCAGCCCAAUUCCAUUCAGCUACCCGCCAGCAACACGUUACACACGGGGAAGGCGCGUGGCAUUGAAACCAACCUAUGGCUCAUGAUCGAGACGCCCUUUGGGCGAGUGGUUAUGAUGAGACAGUAGAAGUUAAUCAGCGUGCAUUGAUCGACAAGGUGUUGGCACGAUAUUCGGGCGAAUUCACAGUAUUCCGUGAACUUCUUCAGAACUCCGAUGAUGCACAGUCUUCUGCGGUUGAAAUAUAUUUUGAGACAGAGGAGUAUCUCCGACGAAAGAACGGCAAGGAUGCGAUGCGUCCGGAGGUCGGUGUGGGUUUUCCGGACCUCAAAGCCGCUCCAGUUUCCCAGUGGACCUUUCGGAAUAACGGAAUUGUGUUUCGCGACGAGGACUGGAAUCGGCUUAGGAAAAUUGCUGAGGGAAAUCCAGACGAGGAGAAGAUUGGCGCCUUCGGUGUCGGCUUUUAUAGUCUGUUCUCUGUGACUGAGGAACCAUUUGUCAUUUCAGGAGGUCACGGAAUGCAAUUCUACUGGAAGGACAAAACUGGAGACCAACUUCUCGUACGGCGCGGUGAUCUUCCAUCUAAAGAUGCUCUCCAGCCCAAUCCAUGGACAACUUUUGAGAUGACGCUCCGUGAACAGGGACCUAUUCCACAGCCAUUCGAUCUAACGCGAUUCCUUGCAAGCAGCAUCACAUUCAUGGUCCACCUUCGCUCAGUUAGCGUCUUUAUUGACUCUCAUCGCCUGGCCCAUCUCAACGAGUCUCCGGGUGUUCCAAGGGAGCUUGAAUUACCCAAAGUGCUGAAAAAGUCUAGCGGUUCAGGUUUGAUGAGUGUGAAGAGCGUGCAGUCUGCUGCUACUCGUAUCCAGGCACACGUUAUGCAUGCUGUAUAUGCUCUUGGCACCGAGAAGCCUCUCGUCCUUACAGUCGAAGAACCACCCAAAGUCUCUCAAGGCGGGUUUUUCUCGUCUCUUCUCAGCACUUUUACGUCGCACCACCAGCCUGUACUCGCAAAGCCUUUACCGCAACCCCAAGUUAACAAAGACCCCACGGGGGUAUACACCUCAAGCGUCACACUUACCAUGUUCAAUGCGGACGUAGACGUGAAGCUGGAUAAGAAACUUCAGAGCGAACUACACCGAUCUACAAAGAAAAACCCACCCAAUCACUUGAAUUACAGCCUGAUUUAUACAGGAAAAGACGAGUACAAUGUGAGUCUAGAGGAGGAGAAGAGCCAGCCCGUAUCUUCUGGAAGUGUUUUCCAGGGUCUUAGAGCUGAUUUGAAUGGUGCUGGUCAAGCACAUGUGUUUAUCGGGCACGCAACUGGACAGACAACAGGUAUCGGUGGUCAUAUGGCAUCUAGAUUUAUUCCAACGGUUGAACGCGAAUCAAUAGAUUUAGUCGACCGUAACGUCGCAAUAUGGAACAGGGAGCUGUUGUACGUUGGCGGCUAUCUGUGUCGAGCAGCAUACGAGAUGGAGCUCGAAAAUAUUCGGAUGCUCUGGAACGAAGCCUCAAAUUCAACCACGAACGAUUUUCAUCCGGAUCCACAACUCCGCGACUGGCUGCGCGAUCGGUUCUUGCAUGUCCUCAAAUUUUUCACUUUCCAUGUCUCAACGCCUUCUUCCGAUGUUGCACGAUUCCUCGAGGCUGCCUUCUUUGGUUGCUCCACUUUACCCCUCAAAGUCCUUUCGACAACGGGUGUGCGUGAUGCCUCCGAUGUACGCGCUCCCGAUCCCAUGUUUUCGUUGUUCCUUAAACACCUGCCUGUCCUUCCCGCUCCUAUUCUGUCGUCUGCUUCUCUUGCCAUUAGAACUCUACAAAGCAAAGGACUGAUCACGAAUAUCACAUUCUCGGAUGUUCUGGCUCAACUUCGCCAGCAUCCGCUUAACGAAGAAGAGCUUAUCGCUUGUCUCAAGUGGCUUGUGGGACAACAAGAUCCGACGCACGAUGCCACGCGCGCUCGCACCGAGCUUCUUAAUGCCACUAUCCUCAGUCUAGGCUCAGGAAAGGAUGCCAAGCCGAUUCCCCUUUCGAUGGUGCAGUACUUCAUUCAUCAGCGUAUGAUUCCGCUGGAUGGGCCCUUACCUGAUUCCCUCAUGCCUCUGAGCGUCACGAAACACUUCACGCAGGAACAGUUGAGAUCUUUUGGGUGGCGGGAAUUUUUGAUUCUCGACUGGAUACAGCACAUCUUUAGACCAGAUGUUAUGAAUGCUAAUCCGGCACAAGACGUAACCAGGUCUUCGGAAUGGGCCGAGCGAGUUUUGACCGUUUUAGCUCGCACAUGGCCAUCGUUGUCAAAGGAGUCGCAUGAAAAGAUCAAGGCUAUGUUCAUCCAAAAAUCAUGCAUCCCGACAUCUUCAGGUCUACACAAGCCACAGUUGGCGUACUUUCCCAGCGCCAAUAUAUUUAACGAUCUUCCCGUCGUUACUUUUACAUCAGGCGGUGCUCUCAAGGGCAACAUGGAGAAGCUGCUCUCUUUUGUUGGCGUCCGGAAGCAUGUAGACCUUCAGGUUGUUUUUGAUCGAAUGGUUAAAACUGGGGACUGGACAAUCUCAGAUCUGAUUACGCAUCUAGUCACUAUCCAAAGCACGUUAACCCUAGAUGAGAUUACGAAACUCCAGAUGACGUCUGCUUUCUCAAAGGAAGGCGAGAACGCUCUUCCGGGAAAGAAGUCGCGAUAUAGGGCCAGUGAUCUCUACGAACCAUCUGUCACAAACCGUCAGCUUGGUUUGCCGAUUAUCGAUUGGGGUGAGAAGACUAAAUGGCGAAGCAGCUCCGAAGAAGCAAAGCUUCUGCAUCGACUGGGCCUGCGAAAAAGUCCUCCUUUGGACUUGACUGUCAAACUCUGCGGUUCAUCGGAGCCAGACAUCCGAUCUGCAGCAUUCAAAUACCUUAUAGACAGCAUUCCUUCUAGAUAUCCGGACUAUAGAUGUGAAAAAUUUGGCCAUGUUGCCUUCAUACCGGCAGUGGAUAACUCUGGGCCUUGUAUGGGAACUCCGGAUGAGGUAUUUGCAUCACAUCAGUGGAAGGUCCUUGGGUUCUCAGUUGUUGAAGAUGCCGUUCGAGAUAUUGCAGUAAGCAAACUAGGAUUAAAGGAACACCCACCCGCUACCAGGAUCGUGGCAUUGCUUGAGAAAACAUCUCCUCAAGAUCAGAACGUCGCUCGUCGAUGGUUUGAGAUUCUAGCAGGCCAUGUUGCAGACUUCAGUUCAUCUCAAUUGUCAAUAAUUUCGGGGCUGCCAAUCGUUCCUACCCAGGUAGAAUCUGGCUCCCAGGCACUGCGUUGGCUUUCCCCUAGCCAAUGUUAUCUUGGAGGGGCAUCGAAAGGGCAGUUUCACUCGAAGUUGUUCGUCUUUGUGGAUUUCGGCCCUUCUGCCAAUAGCUUUUUGAGUGCAUGUGGCUCGAAGCAAGAACCCUCUGUAGAAGAGGUAGCUAGCAUUUUGGUCGCCGAUCCUCAAAAAUUCUACGACUUGGCGGGUGGUUAUGAGAAUUACCUCGUGGAAUUGCGUAACUUGGCUGUCAACGCUCGUCUGCUAUCUACAGGCGCGCUCGCCCGAAUGAAAGUUUCUCCUAUUUUGCUCAGUUUUCGACGGCAAAGAAAGUCUCGAAAGGAAUCAAACAAAGCCCUAGAUAUCGACGAGGAUGACUGGGAGCUGCUUUACGAUCUUCGGAAGCCCCUGGAUGUUGUAAUUGCGGACGAUACUAAUGCUUAUCAGAUGUUUGGAGAGUCUAUCUAUACUGCACCGCAAGAGGAUCUCGUUGAAAACUUCUAUGCAAUUCUGGGUUCCAAACGCCUCAGCGCCGUCGUGAAGGAAGACUACAGGGUCACCUCGGAGAUGAAGCACAACAAGUCUGCAGCUGACACACGUGCGCUGCUGUUAGAGAGGCUGCCGUUGUUCCUGCACGAACACACACAUACACGCACCAAGGUUUCUCUCAGCUGGCUCUCUAACCAAGACAAUUUCAAAGUCAGAGUUUUCGGCAAACUGACCGUUGUGAAAUCGCUUUCUUUUGGAGAUAAUACUUUAAAAAGGGAGCAGGAUACCUCAGCGGUUGCUAAACGUUCGGGCCAUGGGCCUAUUGAGCUAUGGCUUUCAGGAAGCACGCAAGUGGACAUGUAUGAGGUCGCGACAUCAUUGUGUCGCCUGCUGUUCGAGACGGUAAAAGUGAAUGAUGCGCUCUUGUUCAUGACUAUCCUUUCGACCGACUUGAAGGCUCUGAAACGGAGAGGUUAUAACGUGGAUAAGAUUUUGAGACAACAGAAUGACCGAAAGUUGGUGGAGGCAGCCAGAGGAAGCUUCACAUCGAUACCAGUACCUGACCCACGCAUGAGUCAGAGUUUGAAGUCUGAAACGCGUUCAUUGUCUCCCUCACAUCGCACUAAAGUCCCAGGGGGUUGGGAUACUUCACCUCCCAAGGCAGUAGCAUCAAAACCCGUGUUGCCACCCGCUCCAGCUCCACCCCUUAUUACAGCUCCACCAGUGCCACCACCAAAGCCAUCUACUCCCGAUGCGCCCCCUCAACAUACAGUCGGCAAUGAAGACGUCGGACGACAUCCCGUGAUUCCAAAUAUUGUGAACAACACACUGCAGAACAUCAGGCGCAAGAUACCUGGUUUCAACAGUUCAUCGGAAGACGCUCUUACUCUCUCACAGGGAUCUCAAAAUCCGAGGACACCUCCAACUGUGACUCCGCAGAGCAACAUUCGAUCCAAUGUUGCGAUGGCGAUCAAAGGUUGCAGACCAGAGGAAGGGAAGCUAGUACACAACAGGCGCGAGAUGCAAACAAUCAAGGAAUCUCUAGAUGAGGGGUAUUGUGACAUCUCCGGCCAUGUCGCUGAGCUUGAUCACAUUGGUGUUAUGGGUACAAUGAAAAUCUUCAUCGCUCGAGAUGUUCCUGAACCCCGUACCUUCGUUACGAGGAAGCAUGAUUCUCUCGCUCGCUUUAUUCACAUUGUCACGCCCCUUGCAAACGUCUAUAGUCUUCCGAUGGCCGCACUUCACAUCUUUUACGACCUAGAAGGCGGCUUGAUCGCUUUUAAUCGGAACGGCAGUCUCUUUCUUAAUUACCGCUUCUUCGAGGCAUGGCAUGAUCAAGACGUAAAGAAUGGGAAUAUCAAUCAGGCUUAUAUUUCCUGGUACUUCACGCUGGCCCACGAGAUUGCUCACAACCUCGUACAACCCCAUAACUCUGAACACGAGUUUUACUUCUCUGCGCUUUGCGAAGCUCACAUUGAGAAAUUCACUCAACUCUUAUCUCAGUAAUCCGUGAAACUGACAGGUAGUUGGAUAGUAGUAGUAAUCAGUUCGCAUAUCUGAAUCAAAUUCGAAUAGAUGGAUCUAUG